GCAGAGGCGCAGCCCCGCCGCGACAUGGCCGCCGCCCGCCGCCCGCUGCGCCUCCUCGCCCUGGCCGCGCUGCUGGCCGCAGGUUAUGGGGACGACACUGGGGGCUUCAACCUAGAAGAUGCCCUCGGCCCUGUACCGCCCACUCCUAAGGGAGCCAAGAAGCCGUCUGGUGGGACAGGAGGGAGAGAGUUUGAUUUGGCCGAUUACUUCGAUGACCCUCUGGAGACCACCACCAGACCAGCCAAGCCAACCCCCAAGCCCUUCCCUCGGCCAGGGAAGCCAGACAACAGCUUUGGGGACGUCAUCCGCACCACCACAACCAAGCGGCCAAAAACAACGCGGCCCCCUCCCAGGCAUAACCCAGGGAACGACUUCGACUUGGCCGAUGCCUUGGAUGAUAGCAAUGAUAUGAAGGGCGGCGGGCAGCCAAAUGUGAGACCUGGUGAAGGUUUUUCAGAUGACGACCUGGCUAGCAUCGUGGACGGAGGCUACAGCCCUGACAAGAAGAAAGGUGCCGGGGGCAACACCAACAACGAAGGCAGCAGCACGGUGGAGACGGGGACCAUCGCCGGCAUCGCCAGCGCCCUGGCCAUGGCGCUCGUGGGGGCUGUCUCCAGCUACAUCUCCUACCAGCAGAAGAAGUUCUGCUUCAGCAUCCAGCAGGGACUUAACGCAGAGUAUGUGAAAGGGGAAAACAUGGAAGCUGUCGUAAGCGAGGAACCCCAAGUUAAAUAUUCAGUACUGGAAACACAGUCAGCAGAACCACCAAAACAAGACAGUGCAAAGAUCUAAAGCGUGGCCUGGGGCUAGAAAAGAAUCAGUCAGCAGCAAACACGGAGAUCUUACAUGCUUGUAAUUUAGCUUUUUAUUUAAUUUGAAUCCAAAGCUAUUUAAUGUGUACUUAGGCUUGGACUGGCUUCUUAUUGCUCUAGGCUUUAGGGUUAGGAUGGUAGUAGGUGUUGUUGUUGUGUUUGUUUUUUUUUUGGUAACAAGCUAUGUUUACAUUGAAGUAAUACUGUAGGUUUGGUCUCAAGUUGUAUGCAAACCAACAGAAGGUGCUUCAGCAGUGGUCAAUUAUCACAAGGUCUUUUUCAAGGAGAAUUGCUUACAGGUGUGAGGACAGUGAAGUGCCUGUGAAUAGCAACCCAAAGCAAACCAUUCAAAACCCUUAGUCAGUCACCUCCAGCCAACUUCUGCCAUCAGUGAUGGGCUGUCACUUCUGGCAGCAGCGAUGAAAACCACGCGUUUCCUGAGGGUAGACUGUGGUCCUUAGUGUACCCCUACCUAAAACCAAGUGCCUCUGGGUAUGUCCUCAGGUGGGGCCUCAGGCUGAGGCAGGUGAGUCCCUGCUCCCAAGCCAGGAGUUGGGGAUGCUCCACCUCCACGCAGCGCUGGGCUUCUGACCAAAUCAGAGGACCUGAUCUUCAUGCCAAGUUAUAAACACAGGUAACAGCAGUGUGUGCAGUGCUCACGUGCAGCAAAUAGCAUCUGAAUGCUGGGCUGUGGUAGAGAUGGGAAGAGAGUUACCAAGUGGCAGGGUUUGUCUGUGACAUGAGAUUCCUGUAUUAUCACUGAGACAAAACAAAAACUGUGUUCAGACGCUUUCAAGGAUGGAUUGAGAUCUCGUCCAUAGAGCAAACCACAGAUUUAACCCAAAAGGAAAGAAACAAUGUGUGCAUCUGAGAUUUCUAACUCACUGCCACUAGAGUUGUAGAUAGAGUUCUUCACCUUCUCCUCUGAUCAUUACACAACUACUGAGAGCAUUUCCUGGCACGUUAUGUAGAAAAAGGAGACAAAGCUGCAUCCUUUGGGUCACUACUAACCUUUAUAAAAAGGCUGGGUGUCCUGAGAGGAUGGGGUCUCUGCUGCUGUCCCACGAGGGUCCUGCAGCUCUCUGUGAGCCUUGCUCAGCAGAACACUACUCUAUUGCCAGGAGAGCACCCCUGUGCCACACUGGUACUGCUAUCCGGACCCAAGCACUAUAUCGCAAGAACUAGUUUUCAUACUUCCUCCCCAACCCUUUCUUACCGAUGCUGAAAUGUGGAUACAGCUACCUUCUGAUGCAUUUUUUUCCCAAAGCAAUGAAUACUUGAAAAAGCAUGCUCUGAAGUGAAGGAAAAUUCACUUUGCCUAGUGUAAAAAGUACUCACUAUUUAUAUAUAAACCUAAAAUGUGUGCAUUUUGUAAUGUUUUGCAAAUCCCAGAUUGUGUGAACGUGAACUAAAAAAAGCAUUUCCAGUUUGAUGUACAAAUUCAGAGCUUUCAGCUAGACAUGACUUACACGAGGCCUUGCCAAUAGGUGAAGGAGCCCAGGAGCAUUUCUCUGGAACGGCUCAAUUUGAAAGGAAAUUGCCCAGUAACAUUGUAAGUAUUUUGCAACAGCUGCACAAUUCUUUAUGCUCUUCUUAACACUUGCAUUUUUAAAGCCUUACACUAGCUCAACAGAACAACUACAGCAUUUUAUAAGGGAGAUAAGUUCUAAGGAUAUAUGGUGCCUGACAUAGAUUUAGAACACUUUAUCUACAAUACAGCUGUUGACUAACUACUGCUCCUUUGUUUUAUGAAUGUGUUGGGGUUAGAAAAAAUAUUAUUGUUCGUUCUGAGGCUGUAAGCAGAAGAAAUAGAUAUGGAAUACACUCGGUAUUUUUGCUUAGUCUUGGAGUAAGACUUCCACGGGGGAGCGUGGUCUGCAGAAUUCUGACCAACCCGUGCAGGAGGUCUGAUUCUAGCGAAGCCACGCAUCUCCAUUUGCAAACACCAUCAUCUAUUUUUUUCUUUCUUAGCCAAACAUAUUUGAAAGCUGUAGCAUGAAAAAUGUUUUUUUUUACAAAAUGAUUAUAGGUAAAACGUUGCAACGUAGCAUUGAUGAACACUAGGAGUCAUUUUCCUAGGUUAGAUCAAGCGAACGUAAUUCCGUUUCUUUUUGCUGAUGACAGUGCUUGCUAUAGAUGCAGAUCAUCAGUUUUAGCGCAUUCCUCUUACAGUGCACUCCCGGUUUCUCUGGUGGAUAGUGCAGUGGGUGUUCAGGAUUGCUUACAGGCUGUAACACCCUCCAUUGGGAUAUUAUUGUACUAGGACAUACAAGAAACAGGCAUGUAAUUCACAGAUACUGCAGUUUGUUUUUUUUUUUUUUAAACUUUCACUGAGAAAAAUACCAGCUUUUGGAAUUGAGAAGCAAACAGCACUGAAGUUGCUCCUUUUCUCCUUUUCAUGAGGCCUUUUUAUGACUGGUGAAAACUUUGUUAAUAUGAUUUCUAGGUGUAGUAUGCGGAAAAAAAACAAAUGCACAGUGAAAGGGAGCACUUUUCCAGUUUAGAGUAACAGAAUUCAAAAAUUCUUUCUCCAGCAUUUCAAAUGGGAAAACAUUGACAAACACUGCAGUAAAGAAAUUACUUCAAAACAAGUGCACAAAAAUCAAAGCCUUCACGUGCUAAAUGUCAGCUAAGGCUCAAAAUGCUGCUUUGUUGCAGUCUGUUUCCUUCUCCACCCGAGCUGUCAGAUCAGUGUCUGAGAAGCAGGGAGUUCAUACUUCACGCCAUUGUUAUCUCAGGCAUUAUAGCAACUGAGAGGGUUCGUUCAUGUUUUCCUAGUAGUGAUACGAGUUCUGAAACAACUGACACCUCUGUAACUAUCUUCAUUUAAUUAGUAUCCAUUCUCUUUAAACAUGGAUAUUGAAUUUUUAAAAAUUUUGCACUUAUAUUCUGUAUACACGGUGUGAACUUUCUCAUCCUUUAUUUAAAAAAAAAGGUGUAAGAUAUUAGAAAAGCAGGAUUUUUUUUUUAGGAGUCCAAAAUUAUGUAUAUACAUCUGUCCUGAGAGUUUAAGUAAAACUGUGCUGUGGGCUUUUUUUUUUUUUUUUUCUCAUCACACCCCACAUUUUUAACUAAAGCUACUUCUAAUGAAAUGGUUGAGAAGAGGUUUCACAAUUACAUAGGAAACAGAGAAUUGAAGGAACUUAACCAGCUUUUAUUCCGUUGUUUAUUCUGUUAAUUACUUGCAUUUUCCUUCAGCACAAUUGUAGAAGGUUCUGCAUUUAUGGUGCUGUGACAUUAGUUUAUUCAGUAUAGAAUACUGUGACAUGAAUUUCAGUGUUUUUUUUUUUUUUUUUCGUUUAAAUAAGCUCGGUCAUUUCCAUCCAGCCCCUUUAAGGAACCCUUACAACUGCUAUAUUUGUCAUUGUUAACUAUUCACUUGUUGUGAUAAAAAUGGAAUUAGUCCACAAUGCCGUUUCUAAUUCUGCAAAAGCAAAAUGACUAGACAGGCUAAGGCCUUCAGAUUUGCUUCAGCAACAAAUGAGGCCCAGGAACAAAUCAGGUUCAGGAACAACAGCGUUGUGAAAUUAGAGAAUAAUUUCUUUUGAGUGAAAUCCUUAUCUAAAAGCAAAGCCUAUUGUUUACUGAUGCAGAAGUGAUCUGUACCAAAUGAAGGUUGAAUGUUCUGCUGUGAAAAGAUAAGACUCAUUUUGCUAAUGUGCAUGUAAGGGUCAUGGGGGGAAAUAUCAGAAUUUGACAACCUUUGGAAAACAACAAAUAAACUGUCUAAUAAGACAUGA